AUCCGGUGACGCACAGUUAAAACUGCGUCGCGUCUAAAAAGGCUUGAUACAAAAUGACAAAAAUAUGCCAACAUGGUUGUGAGCGUGUUUACAGAUUCAGGUCAGACUUUGAAAGGAGAUGAAACACUGAAGCCAUCUUAAUAAGAAAUGCUCUCCAGAGCUCGCUGGGAGAAAGAUGCCGUCAAAAUAAAAGGAAUUGGAUAUCACAGGUUUAAUGAUUUCACUGUCAGAAUGAAUGAUGGCAGAGUAUGAAGAUAAGACGGAAAAAUAAAGGAGUCUGAUGGUGUGAAAACUCAGCCUGACAUGUUAGUGCUUUCUGCAAUACAGCCAUCAUCCCGCUCUCACGUUUGGAGCUCGCAUUUAGAUCUCUGAAUGGACUGUGUUUGCCAUAUAAUGGGGAAUCAAAGACAUGUGCUAUCGUGUAAAAAAAAAAAAAAAGAAAGCUCAUCUGCCUGACAGUCUGACACAUUUCACUUCUGCUCGGGCCCCCGAGGGCUUAAGAAGAAGCAUCCCUAACAGGAGUUGUGAAGCUGCGCUUACAUGCUUUCUCCCAGCCUCUGAAGAUAUGCAGAAAGGCUAAGAGAGGCUGACACAAUUUCAAGGAGUCGCAGCUGAGCAAAAGCUCACUGCUCACUCCAGUGAAUAUGGGCAUCCGUUGGCAAGCUCAAAGUUUGGAUAACUCCAGCUUGCAGCCGGCAGCAGAGAUUAAAGCUGUGUGUUUAGAUGUGGAUGGCAGGGACUGGCCGGGUUGAAGUUUUCCCCACAGGCACGGAACAUGGCAGCUAAGGUCAGGGGCCUGCCACAUCACAGCACUAAAAAUAUCCUCUGCAUUUGAUGCUUGUCACAGAGGCGGUUAUACAAUCUGUGUCCUGACUCAAGGCUGCCAGGACUGAGAAUCUCACCAUGUUCUGCUGCACAACGAGCUGCCAGAACGUAGAAAAAUCAAACUCUUGAGUGAAAAACAAAAAAAAAAUUGCCACGUUGGAUUGGUGAGUUUGAGACCAUCGAAGGGCAUUUCCGUUUCCUCGUCCUUGGGAAGCUAAAGAGAGAGAGAGAAAAAAAAUGGCUUCCCACGAGUGGAAGAAAAACGUUGCGAAAGCAGCAGAGGAAUCCGGUCCAACAGAUGACUAUGUCACACCUGGGGGCUACGAGCUGGAGAAAAUCCUCAACCGUGGGAGUGUGGCUUACACUCAUGUCAAUGAAGUCUGGCCUCAUGUCUAUAUUGGGGAUGAGGAGACAGCAAAGGACAAGGUCAAGCUGAGGAGUCUGGGGGUCACACAUGUCCUGAACGCAGCAGAGGGGACGUGGAACAACGUGGACACCGGGCCUGCCUACUACUCUGACAUGAACAUCGUUUACUACGGCGUGGUAGCAGAGGACGUCCAGACGUUCGAUCUCAGCCAGUAUUUCUUCUCAGCCGCUCAGUUUAUCCACGAAACUCUGAGCGACCCUCAAAAUAAGCUGCUGGUGCACUGCGUGAUGGGAAGGAGUCGCUCGGCCACUCUCUUCCUCGCCUAUCUGAUGAUCCACGAGAAGAUGACGGUGGUGGACGCCAUCGAGCACGUGAAGAAACGCAGACGGAUCAUCCCCAACUGGGGCUUUCUGAAGCAGCUCAGGGAGUUGGAUCAGCAGCUCCAGGAGAACAGAAGCAGCUCAGCGUAGUAUUCAGACCUCAAGAAUUUAAAUGAGUUUUCAACCUUAUGGGAGACAGAUUAUACAAAAUAAUCUCAUUUUAAAACAAAAUUGGGGAAAAAUCUAAAAAAAAAAGCAACACAUCUGUUAGUUACACUUUUAAAUUAACAGCUUAUUCCUUGAAAUCAUGCUGCGUGAUGACAAAUAUUUAUCAAUAUCAUGUGUCAAAGUCAAGGCAGUAAUUAUAUCCGGCCCUCCAGAUCAUUUUAUAUUAUUAUCAUUACUAACGGCCUGAUGUUCUCUUGCUGACACUACGAUUAUGGAGGCAGUGAGAUCAGUUAAAAUUACUUCUCUUUCUUUAUUAAACUUCGCAUUUUACAUCACAAAGGUGUCAUCAUCCUCUCCCUCAUGGUGUAGAAAAAAAAUAAACAUAACCAGAUAAAAUAAACAAAAACAUUGACAAAAUCCACACUUAAAUCCCAAUCCGCCCAGACAGGCAAAGGGAAUGAUACCCAAAUGCUCGGCCCGUGAACUACUGUGUUUUGGAUUUC